GAGCAGAGAGCCGAGCGAGAGAAAGAGCCGGAAACACGAUCCAGAGCCACGAAGGGCCGAGACCGGCGGAUAAACGCUUUUAUUUGUCUUUUUCUCGUCGUGUCGUUCAGUUUGUUUCUCUCCGGAGCCGGCGCAGCACCGGCUCCUGACUCGUUCUUUCUCGUUCUUUCGUUCACCUCGGGUCUCUCCCGGUGCAUCAUGGAUUUUUCGGCAUAAUGUGGCUCCUUUAAUGCGAUGGCGAUGCAUCCUGCACAGCACCUCCUCCCCCGAGCCUCCCCGUCCUCUGAGGCCCUGCUCUGGGCCUCACACUCCCGCCCCGAGAGCCGCGGGAGCCGCUCGUUCCCGCCGCGGUUGGACCGGAGGAAGGAGCCGGAGCCGGGCCUGAGCUAGGCCUUUAGCAUUAGCUUUAGCAUCGUUAGCUUCCAUCUUUGAUCAUCGUCUGUGUCAAAAUGAAGCCUCAGGACGUGCUGUCCGCGAAGAGCCGCCUGUGGAUCUUUGGAUACGGCUCUUUGGUCUGGAAACCAGACUUUAAAUAUAAAACGAGUAAAGUGGGUCACAUCCGGGGCCACAAGAGGCGCUUCUGGCACGGGGACGACCACCACCGGGGCGACGAGGCCCAGCCUGGCAGAGUGGUGACGCUCAUAGAGGACGAUGACGCGACCACUUGGGGCGUGGCUUUCGAGGUGUGCGGCGCUCAGGUCGAGGAGUCGCUCAAAUACCUGAACGUGCGGGAGACCGUGUGCGGCGGCUACGUCACCAAGAUGGUGGAUUUCUUCCCCGAGGGCGAAGAGUCCAGCCCGGUGCCCGCGCUCGUCUACAUCGCCACCGCCGACAACCCGCUGUACCUGGGCCCGGCCAGCGCCGAGGAGAUCGGGGUCCAGAUCGUCAUGUGCCGGGGCAAGAGCGGGCACAACCUGGAGUACCUGCUGCGGCUCGCGGCGUUCAUGAGGGACAGCUGCCCGCACGUCCAGGACGGGCAUCUGUUCGCCAUCGAAGCGGCGGCGCUCAGUGCGGUAGCGCUCCUGUUAGCCGCGCAGUAGCUGUUAGCAUUAGCGACAUGAGGCUAAACCUUCACAGCCAUUUCAUCUGUUCUGUGCUAAAGUGUAAAAUUUUCCAGCGACAGAUUUAAACUUUGUCUUUGUUUUUCGUAGAAUAAACAUCAGACUAAACAAAACGUGUUAAACUAUUUAUUAAAACGAUCGUCUUUAUCAGAGUAAACGCGUCUGUCGGUUUAUUCUCACGUCCAGACUCCGUCCACAAACUUGUCUGUUUUUUGAGUUGAUUUGCCAAAUGUUGAGUUUGUGAUGCAACUUCUGUCACUGCUAAAAAUAAAAAUUGGAAAAUUUCUUUG